UCUUACAAAUUAACACUCCAAUGACCUAGUUUUCAACCAGAAAUUGACGCAGCACUCCAAUUACCUAGUCUCAUGCUUGUUUACAAUGUGCUUGCUAGAAAGGAUGAUGGAACUGUUCGUAGCUAAGUUUUCUUAAUGUAGGUGGAAAAGUCGGGCAGCCGAAACGAGCCGGGCUAAUCUGGGGGUGGUUGGAACAGUUCGACGAAUCGGUGGUGAUGACGGAAUACUGACGCACAUGGUGGCCGACGCCCUACGUCUUGGAACUUCAGCAAUGAGAGAAGCAGUGGAGAGAAAAAAUGGGAAUUUGCUCACCGGCAGAAACAUAAAGCCAUAAUCCACUUGUACCUUGGGCUGGUGUCUCGAUGGCGCGUGUUGUGAACGAAAUCAUGCUCUGCUCGGUUCUUUUUGUUAUCUAUAAGGCGCUUGUUGCGUCUUGUCAGGUUGGAGGAGGAGAAGGGAACGAUCUCGAGCAGGUGGGUGUUCUUUCUUUGGACAAGAAUGGGGGUAUCAUUGGAGAAGAUGAUGGAGUUAUGAAGCGAGAACGUGAGGUUUCUGUGGGAUAUCCUUUGGUAGUAAGCACAUGGCCCUUCAUCAAGGCCGUCAGGGCAGCAUGGGAAGCGGUGCGCAAUGGGUAUUCGGCCAUUGAUGCAGUAGUCGAGGGGUGCUCCGCAUGUGAGGAAUUGAGAUGUGAUGGCACUGUUGGGCCUGGAGGAAGUCCAGAUGAAAAUGGAGAGACCACAAUUGACGCUCUGCUUAUGGAUGGGGCAACCAUGGAAGUUGGGGCUGUUGCUGCUAUGAGAUACGUAAAAGAUGGAAUCGCAGCUGCAAGAUUAGUCAUGAGACACACCAGGCAUACUCUGCUUGUUGGGGAGAUGGCUUCGAGAUUUGCAAUUUCCAUGGGUCUUCCAGGACCAGCUGAUCUAAGCUCCCCAGAUUCCAUGGAUAAAUGGACUAAAUGGAAGGAGAAUUCAUGCCAACCUAAUUUCUGGAAGAAUGUGUCUCCUUCUCAUGGAUGUGGGCCUUAUCUUCCUGUUGAUGAAACAUCAACUGCAACCAAUGGAUGCAAUUCAACGAUUGGGUUACCUGAAUCUUGCCGUAUCAACCGACACAGCCAUGACACAAUCUCCAUGGCAGUCAUUGACGAGAGGAGGCAUAUUGCUGUCGGUACAUCGACAAAUGGUGCUACCUUCAAAAUCCCUGGAAGGGUUGGUGAUGGGCCUAUUGCUGGUUCUUCGUCCUAUGCUGAUGAUGAAGUCGGUGCUUGUGGAGCAACAGGUGAUGGUGACAUCAUGAUGCGCUUCCUCCCCUGUUACCAAGUUGUUGAAAGCAUGAGGCUGGGCAUGGAGCCCAAAAGAGCUGCUGAAGAUGCCGUUCUGCGGAUUGGACGCAAAUACCCAGAUUUUGUUGGUGCUGUUUUCGCCGUGAACAGGGAUGGUGUGCAUGGUGGUGCUUGCUAUGGAUGGACUUUCCAAUACUCAGUGAGGAGUCCAAACAUGCAAGAUGUGGAAGUGUUCACCGUUCUGCCUCUAAGUGUAAGAUGAUAUCCAGCAGUCUGUCUGUUGAUUCCAGAUACUGUGAUAUUAUGAUUCAUCGCCACAGUAAUCGCUAUUUACUUGUAUUAUAUGCAAAAACGGGGUGUAUCCACUUACCUCGACGCUUUACUUUCAGUGCGUCAAUCCAAAUAUUUUCUUAA